AGGCGGGGCAGUGCGCGGCGUGUCCUUCCUGCGUCCCGAGCCCCGCUGCAGCUGUCGGACCCCUUUGGCUCCUGCAGCCGCUAGGAUGCCGGUGAAAGGAGGCAUUAAGUGUAUCAAGUACCUGCUCUUCGUCUUCAACUUCAUCUUCUGGCUUGCUGGAACAGCAGUUCUUGCAAUUGGACUAUGGCUACGAUUUGAUGCACAGACUAAAAGCAUCUUUGAACUGGAAUCCAACAAUACAACCUUCUAUACUGGAGUAUACAUUCUCAUUGGAGCUGGCGCACUCAUGAUGCUAGUUGGUUUCUUGGGAUGUUGUGGUGCUCUUCAAGAGUCACAGUGCAUGCUUGGUCUGUUCUUUGCCUUCCUUCUUGUAAUAUUUGCCAUUGAAAUAGCUGCUGCCAUCUGGGGAUUUGCAAAUAGAGAGACGGUUAUUCAAGAAGUCAAAGACUUUUAUACUGCUACCUACCAGAAGAGGAGUCAGCCAGCUGCUAGAGAAACCUUGAGAGCCCUUCAGCAUGCACUAAAUUGCUGUGGUCUUACAGGACCUCUCGAACAGCAGUUCAUGGACACCUGCCCUAAGAAGGAGCUACAUGAGUCGCUUACAGUACUGCCAUGCCCAGCAGCUAUUGAAGAAAUCUUUAACUCUAAAUUGAAUGUUAUUGGAGCGGUUGGCAUUGGUAUUGCUGUGGUGAUGAUCUUUGGUAUGAUCUUCAGUAUGAUCCUUUGCUGUGCUAUCCGCAGAAGCAGAGAAAUGGUCUGAGGGAUUUAACCAAGGAGAUCUCUACACUAUCAAAAUCUUUGUCAUUAACUUUAGCAUUCUCAGAGCAUUUCUAAAAUUUCUAUAUUUGUUACCUUUUUUUUUAAUGCUUUAUUUAGUACUUGUGUCUUAGGUAGUCUCUUGUGUUUGUGGGUAUGUGUGUGGUUUUGUUUUGCUUUUUUGUUUAUAAAGUUUAAAAAUCUGACCAUAAAAGUUACUAUAUUUGUUAGACUCGAGACAAAGAUAUUAUAUGUGUGUGUGUGUAUUUUUUUUUUUUUAUAUAUAUAUAUAUUAAAAAAAGUUUUGUCUUUAAAUGACUUCUUGAAACUUGCUAUAAUCAGGAUGUAAUUUAUGUUGGAGACAAUUUGAUACUUAAUAAAGAUUAAGACAUUAAACUCA